UUUAUGUAAAGCCGGUGUAACUCGAGAAAGUCGAUUAAAGGAUAUAUAAACCAACGAAUGCUAACUACGAACUGCUCGUUUAUGAUUAUUAUUAAUAAUUAUAUAUUUGUCAACAAAGACAGCAUUUGACGUACGAAUGUGACUAUUAGAUAUUGGUGAUUUAUGUGAAACGGACAUAUUUACUACCAACAUUCAAUUAGAUGUAUGAUACUCUUGACAAAUGAGUGUUAAUGAAAAUAAUAUUCCACGCGGAUUAAGAUAAUAACACAAUCCAUAUAAUUACCAAGUGUUGCAUUUGCAUGUCACAAUUUGUAUGAAACAGGUGAAUUCGACGCGGUCACGAUCAAAGUAUUUUGUUACGUUUACAGAAAUGUACAUUUGUAUGAAAUAGAUUGUAUCCGGAAGACGUCAUAUUAAUUACAGAAAUCGACACAUAAUUUAUUUGUUUUAAUUAAUGAAUGAUGGAGUAUUAAUGUAAAGUCUGUUUUAAUUGGGGAAUGAUGGAGUAUAGGUGAAAAUAUGUAAACUAUUAUAUAUUUUACAACAUCUGUUACACAGCGGAUAGUGCACAUUUUGACUUAAGUAUGAUCGUUAUAGGAAAACAUCCUAAACUAGUUGGAUACAGCACUUGAUGUACUGACAAACGUUACAUUUUCUGUCGAUAAAAUUUAUUGUAAGAAAAUAAUAUCAGAGUUUUUCUGUGUACAGCAUUUAAAAAUAUUAAGUAUUAAGUAAACGAGCAAUUGGUCAAAAUGACUAUGUACAACUUUACAGACCUUGAGGCUUGGCUUCAUUAUAAGGACUAUGAAAAAACUUUUAUAACAAUUGAAGAUCAAAAAGACGUCAUUGUGAAAAAGAAAUUAGAAUGUUAUGGACUAAUUUUUACGGAACCACCGAGGACAAGCAAUGGACUGUAUUGCAAUAUCACAUGGGAUGGUAUAUCCUGUUGGCCGGCCACAAAAGCAGGAACAGUCGCCGUCAAGCCUUGUCCUGACUAUAUAAACAGACUUGAUCCAACAGAAAAUGUAACCCGACGUUGCGAUGCAGACGGAACUUGGUAUGUUCAUGCAGAUACCAAUAAGAGCUGGUCAGAUUAUAGUGCAUGUGUAAUGAAUAAUAUUCCUGUCAAUGGUGUCCCUGGACAACCAGUCCCAGCUAUUAUCAAGGACCACAUGGAUAAUCUGACAAUUAUGAAACACACUGGUUACGGAUUGUCAUUAGCGUCCUUGUUAGUGGCAGUAAUCAUAAUGUUAUACUUCAAAAAACUGCAUUGUCCAAGGAAUACCAUUCAUCUGAAUCUGUUCUUAUCGUUCAUCCUUAGAGCUAUCAUAUCUUUCAUCAAGAAUGGUAUUAUGAUAGAAGGUUUAGGCUUCUCUAGUGACGUCUACUAUAACGAAAAAGGACAGUUAGCGUUUCUGCCAGAAGGAUUACAUUGGGAAUGUCGGAUGUUUAUGACAAUCGUAAACUAUAUAAUGGCUGCUAACUAUGCUUGGAUAUUUGUGGAAGCCUUGUACCUACAGAUGUUAAUAUCUGUAGCUGUGUUUACAGAAAAGAAACAUUUACAUAUCUAUAUGCUUCUAGGAUGGACAUUUCCCUUGGCAUUCGUUAUACCAUGGGUGAUUGUAAGAUCGACAGUGGAUAAUAAACUCUGCUGGACAACCUAUGACAUCCGUUGGGUUGAAUGGAUCAUUCAUGGACCAAUACUAUUAACUAUUGUAAUUAAUUUCACCAUAUUUAUCAAUAUCGUCAGAGUUUUAUUUACCAAAUUGAAUUCUUCUCCAUGUCCAGAGACUAAGAAGUUUAGGUAUAGGAGACUUGCCAAGUCGACGCUUGUUUUAAUCCCUUUGUUUGGUGUUCACUAUAUGGUGUUUAGUAUAAUAUUUCAAAUUGUGGAGACCCAGUCAAAAGGUCUUGGGUUGCUCAUUUACUUCUACUUGGAAAUAUUCUUUAACUCGUACCAGGGGUUUAUCCUUUCUUUGUUGUUUUGUUUCUUCAAUUCUGAGGUUCAAAAUGAGUUCAAGAAAGCCUGGAGGAGAUACACACUAAACCGAUCGGGAAGUUCAAGAUGGCGAUCAACAUUUACGUCACGCACCAAAUCAUGGAAAGAUCACCGGAAUUCGGAUUCAAAUGGUGUAACAAGUAGAGGGGACAGAGUUCGACCAAACGAACACGAACUACAUUCAUCCCCAACUUUGAAUAUUACUCAAUCACCUAUAACACAAAGUAGUUAUGCCUAUGACGUAAAGACUAGUCAGGAAUUUACUGGACAAGAUAUAGAAAUAUGUGAAAAUACACCAUGGCUAAAUAAUAAUCAUACUGCAUAUGUAGAACAGCACGGGCUACCAGAAGAACAAGCUGAUGAAAAUUUAUGAAAGGCAGCACCACUUUAUUUAGCCUUAAAAUAUUAAAAGAAAAAAUAUGAUGUCAUGAGUGCCCUCCUAAUGUUCACUGUAUUGAUUGACUCAAAAUAACGUACAAAAUGCAGGGAUUAUGUUCCGAAGACGUUGCUCGCAAAUGGACAUAUACGUGCAGAGGAGCUUGUUUUCUAUUACAGAUAAAAAGAUAAAGACUUUAAUGACUUAUAAAUACGGUAACGAAUUUUAAAGUAGACGGGAUUAAAAAAAAAAUACAGGUGCUGCAGUUUGGUCCAAUUGUCAUCUUUUUCAUAUUUCAUGUCGAUGUUGUAUAUUAUUCGAUUUUGCUUUAUGUUUUCAUUUGUGAAAAUAUCGUUUGAACGAUGUAAUUUUAAAGUAGUAUGGAAACCUCAAACAUGAGAAAUAAUAUGAAUUUGUACGUCGAUGGUGAUUAUAAACCUGAAACAAACCAAAAAUGCCUAUCAAACAAUAAAUGCAUCUGAUGUUAACUUCGGAUUAAAACUUUAGGCUUAAUUUAUAUAGAAAUGUUCCCGUAAAAUUAAACUCACCGUCUCAAUGUCUGUUAACCGAAACUCAGUAUUAUGGUUAAUACAUUUGAUAAUGACAAGUAAUGAAAUACCAGUAAAGAUGAAAAUAAGCCUGGUGAAACUUGUCUUCUACUAUAUCAUACUAUGAUGUCUCUGUUUGUGAAUAUUGCUUGGAACUUAGUUCAUUUUAGGUAAUUUUUAAUCAACAACUCCGAUUUUAGCUUAUAGAAUCUUCGGCAAUUGUCAUCAUAGGAUAUUUCCACAAACGCUGAAUUAUUUUUUGUAAUUCAUCCUUGAAUGUAUAUUAAAACAUGUGCAAUCGAUGUUUUCUUGUAAAAUACAUUUGGCCUUUGUACUGCAGCUACAUUAAUUAAUAAAUGGAAAAAAAAAUGAAAUUAGUAUGGUGUAGACGUAUCUGAUCUAUAUUUUCUAGAUUAAAAUUUGUGUUGAUCGAAAUUGUAUGAUUCUAUUUUGUCAAAUUGUUUAUUAGAACUUUUUCGAAAAUGUGGUUAUAUAUUGUUUCCGUGUAAUAAAAUUAAAUGAACAGAACAGUAAAUAUUUGCCAUUAUAUCAUAUUUCAUCAUUGUUUUAAUGAAAGAAGACAUUUAUAAAGAACUUUUUCAUAAGUCUUUGCUUUUUUAUAUAUAAUGAAAACCAAUUUUUAUUUCUAUCAGUUCUUUAAGUUAAUGUUGUAUUAAUAACAUGUACAAGUAAGAUUCAGGCAGGCGGCAGCACAUGGUAUAGAACCAAAUCAUCACAAUUUUUUUCUUUUCUCAUUUUUUCAGUCAUUUCCUCACUUGCACGUUUAGUGAAUAUCUUUAUCUAUGUAUAAGGGUAUACAAUUACACAGCGUUAAAAAUUAACUAGAGAAAUAUAGAUGAUUUUUCAUUGGAAUUACAAAAUCAAAUCAUGUUCAAUUGUACUUUAUAUCAUCUUUUUUUUUUAAACUUUGUCCAUGUGUAACAACUGUUAAUUGUGAACAUUUACUGUAAAUCAAGAACUUUUCAUGUGCAUGAUUUUUUGACGAAUAUCGUUUCCAUUUUUCAUGUCUAUUCUGAAGUAAAUUGUUUGUACAUCUGUCAAAAUAAAAACAAUCUAAAUUGA